AUGGACACCGGCUGCAUGCAGCCAAUCAAGCUGGCUCGGGUCACCAAGGUACUGGGCAGGACCGGUUCUCAGGGCCAGUGCACCCAAGGGCUCGUGGAGUUCAUGGACAACACAAGGCUGUCCAUCAUCCACAACAUGACAGGCCUGGUACAGGAGGGGGACAUGCUCACCCUGCUGGAGUCGGAAUGGGAGGCCGGAAGGCUUCGGUGA